AUGUCUUCCGUCAAAUCUGUGGGUGGCUUCAGUGCUGUACCCAUCGCCUACUCCAGCUCGACACAUUAUCUUUACUUGCGAAAGAAUACAACCUCUAAAGCAAAACGGACGGACGAACUGCCCGAUGGACGUACACUUUUCCUCGUGAACGUGCCCGUCGAUGCAACUGAACGCGAGAUCGUGCUUUUCUUCAAGCCUUGCGGAACCGUGGAACGCGUCGUUUUCAACCAGGACUCGCCUGAGGAGCAAUUAAUAGCGGAGAGCGACUCGGAGGGGGAUGGGGAUGGGGACGAGAUGGAUGACGUCCAGGAAGGAGAGGAGCUGGAAGAGGACGAGGAGGAGGGACCCAGUGAAAAACGUCGCAAACGACGGCGGUUCAACAAGGAUUCGGCCGCCCCACCAUCUGUUGUUUCCCUUCCUUCCCCUUCCUUACGCAUCCUUCGCCGAACAGGCGGUACUGCCCAUGUCGUCUUCCUUGACCCCCCUUCACUCGACCGUCUCACCUCGACCUCAAAACCUCGCCCGUGGCCACGCUCUGAAGAGCCGUCGGGCCUAGCACACUACCGUGCCUUGUACACCUCCCUUCGUCCACCACUCGAUGCUGUCAGAACUCAUGCUGACAGCUUUAUGACACUCUUCGAGUACAAUCUCGCCAAGGCGAAGCAAAAGUCGAAAUACCGCAAGGGAGAGGCGAUUGUCGACGAAGACGGGUUCACGCUGGUCACCCGCGGCGGCGCAUACGGAACAACUCUGGGAGGUGGCGUUGGCGUUGCGAGCAAGCAAUUCGAGAAGGAAGGGCGUACGGCCAGUCGGAAGAAGAAGGAGCCAAAGGAGAAGGUGGCGUUCUACGCGUUCCAAAAGGCGGAAAAGCAGCGCAAAGCUAUCAUGGACUUGAAGAAGAACUUCGAGCAGGAUAAGGCUCGAAUAGCGAAGCUCAGGGAGUCUCGCAAGUUCAAGCCCUACUAG